GGCACGAGAGGCUACGUCACUAAAGGCCACGCCCCUGAAGGCCAAGCCCCUUCCUGUCAUGAAUUCACAGGGUUUGACGCGGAAGGUGCGUUCCCACAGUCGAGAGCAGCCAUUCUUCGCGUUCCUUUAGAAAGACUCAGUCACUACAGUCAGUGUCAUCAUGGGUGUUGCCUACUUCCUUCUACUGAGCUGCCUUGGCUUUGCUAUUACGGUUCAAGCUCAAGACUGCAGACAACCUGUGCCAGGGCCCAACAUGAGCUUAAGGGACCAGUUUAUUAACCAAGAAUCAUUUUCAUCGGGGACUACUGUAUUUUUUUCCUGUAAUGUUGGCUAUCAGGCUGCAGGAGGAUCCCUAUCUAUUACUUGUACAGCUGGCACAUGGAGUACAGUAAGGCUGAAAUGCGAAAGGAAGAGCUGUGGUGCUGUUGCUGACGUGCUACAUGGACAAGUUGAUUACAUAGAUGGGAUCGAGUUUGGUGAUAAGGCUGUUGUCACAUGCUACACUGGUUUCACAUUGGUUGGUAAAAAUGAAUUGAUUUGUGAAGAUCAAGGCUGGAAUACCAGGCCACCUGUAUGUGAAGUGGUGACUUGUCAAACUCCAGAUAAGGUUGUAGAUGGCACCUUCAGUCCAUUCAAUGAAGAGUAUACAUACAGAGAUGUUGUGGAGUACAGGUGUAAAGAUGGUUAUACAAUAUUUGGAUCUAAAUCAAGAACAUGUUCAGAAGAUGGAACAUUUAAGCCUGAUGCUCCAACAUGUACCUUGAUUCAGUGUGAUGAGCCUUUUGUGGCCAAUGCUAGGUGGCCGAGCAAUCCCCCUUAUGUACCUGGGUCUGCAGUGACCAUAGGGUGCCUGGAUGGAUACAUUUCAAAAGGAGGGUCAUCCCUAACAGUGACAUGUGACAAAACUGGUAACUGGUCACCGGGACUUCCCACAUGUGAACGGAUUACCACCACUACCACCACUACUUCUACCACCAGCACCACCACAAAGAAGAAACCAAUAGAAAAUGACAGAGAUGGUGAAGAAGAGUCCCAGCCUAACAGCGGCCUUGUGAUUGGCGUGGUUGUGGGUGUGAUUUUUGGCACUGUAGCACUUGUUGCAACCAUCUUCGUGUGCAAAAAAAUGAAAAAUAAGAAAACCCAAGGCUCUCGGAGAGGUUCUCCCCCCAAGGGUGCAAAAGAUGAGGGAGAUCAAAUGGAAGAGCUGCAACCGUCGGACCGUUGCUGAUUGAAUAUAACUGGAUGUAAAAUGGACUUGCUGAGAAGAGGGAAGUCAUUCAUGGAGUGUUGGUGAAUGUUUUCAUGCCGUGCAUGCCCACUGGAACUUUAAUUCCACUGGGAAUUUAAGUUUGAAGAUUCAAGCUCAGUCUUUUGCUCAUGCUUUAACAUGCUGUUGGUUAACAGUCAGGCACAUUUUUACUUGGGCAAUGUUCAAGAAUUCUUCUUUCCUUUUUAAAGGCUUUCAGCAGCUUUUCUGUUCUGCAAUGAUGAAGCAACUAGAUUUAUGGCUGAAGCCCAAACUCAGUUGAUUUUGAACUCUUGCACUACAUGUCUGAGCUCAGUUUAGUCAAAUGCUAGAACCAAGUUAUAUAAAUAGCCAAAACUCAUUCUAAAUCCAAAAUUAGUAAUAAAACAUGGUUGACCUUAAAUGCAGCAGUUGAGAUUAAAUAAAUAUUGUUGGAAAAAAAAAUGAACUGUUUGAACUGAGUGUCUAAUAGAUCAUUGCCGUAGCUGAAACGAUUCCUUUAACCUCUGAAUUUCAACAUCCAGCAUAGAAAGAAUAUUAGGAUCUGUAACACAGACCCUAGACGGGUGCCUAUAAAUAGGGCAUGAUUCAUAUGCCUUAAUGCAAAUAGUUAAGUAUUUCAGCUCAUUGUGUGACUUGCUAUGUGACUUGUUUUCCUGUGAGUUACUAAUUUACUGAGUUCAAGAACCCUGAAUUUAGGGUCUAAUGUACUUUAAUGUUAAUACUAAAUAAUUAGCACUGUUUCAUGUUGGCACAUUGUUUUGCCUAUGGUAAUUUUACCAAAUUCAGUUAUAGCAUUUUUUUACUUUAAACUUAACACCUCUCUUUCUGAAAGUUGGUUGAAGAUAAACAUGACCCUACACAACUCUGAAGUGAAAUAGAUAGUGUUACAACCGAUUUUGUAUGUGGAUACAUUAAAAUGUGUAAAUAUAGGCUGUGAUUUUUAAAGAAUUUGCACUUGUUUAAUUUUGUUAUUAAAAGUAGUAUUAAGCCAACAGCUCGAAACUUUCUCUUGAUGCAGACAUAUGAUUUAUUUUCUAUUGGCACCAUUUUAUAACUGGAAUAAAUAAACAGUGAAGACGUAA